AUGAGUUCCUACGUAGCCAAUUCGUUCUAUAAGCAAAAUCCAAAUGUUCCAGCUUAUGCCAUGCAAAGUUAUGGGAAUUAUGGAUCAGUGUCUGAGGUUCAGCCAUCCAGGUAUUGCUACAGUGGGCUGGAUCUGAGCAUUACAUUCCCUUCAUCUGGGGCUUCCAACUCUCUGAGCGGUGUGGACAUGUCUUCAACCCCCAGAACUAACCCCGACCGACCUUCCUGUACAGUCAUGGGAUCUUCAGGGCACACUUUAGGGAGAGACGACCAGACUUCUCUAAACCCAGGAAUUUACAGCCAGAAAACUGGUAACACCACCACCACCACCACCUCCUCCUCUUCCUCCACGCCGAUGGAAGAUAGAGCUAAGAGCAAUGGGGAAAUCAAGAGUGAACCGGGGCAGACCGCCCAGCAUAGCGGGCAGCUCAGGCAGCCGCAGCCGCAGCAGCAGCCGCAGCACCAACACCAGCAGCAGCAGCAGCAGCAGCCGCCUCCACAAAUAUACCCGUGGAUGACCAAACUGCACAUGAGCCACGAAGCAGACGGCAAACGCUCCAGAACCAGCUACACUCGCUACCAAACUCUGGAACUAGAAAAAGAAUUUCAUUUUAACAGAUAUCUCACCCGCCGGAGGCGCAUAGAGAUUGCCAACAACCUGUGUUUGAAUGAAAGGCAGAUCAAAAUAUGGUUUCAAAACCGGCGGAUGAAAUGGAAGAAAGAUUCCAAAAUGAAAAGCAAAGAAGCCCUCUAG